AGGAGGAGGCGGCGGAGAGGAGGAGGAGGAGGAAGAGACGAGGAGGAGCCACCGCCAACGAUCACCACGACGACGACGACGAAGAGGACGACGACGACGAGGAGGACGACAACGAGAUGCGCGAAUUUAAAGUUGUCGUGCUCGGCUCGGGCGGGGUGGGCAAGAGCGCGCUCACCGUUCAAUUCGUAUCCGGAUGCUUCAUGGAGAAAUACGAUCCAACGAUCGAGGAUUUCUAUCGUAAGGAAAUCGAAGUCGAUAGCUCGCCUUGCGUACUCGAAAUUCUCGACACCGCCGGUACCGAGCAAUUUGCGAGUAUGCGCGAUCUUUAUAUAAAAAAUGGUCAGGGCUUUGUCGUAGUUUACAGUCUGACAAAUCAUCAGACAUUUCAGGAUAUCAAAGCGAUGAAGGAGCUUAUAACUCGUGUCAAAGGCACCGAACGAGUACCCGUGCUACUUGUUGCCAAUAAGCUUGACCUAGAACACCAACGAGAAGUCGACACCGCCGAGGGAAAUGCAUUGGCACAACUUUGGGGUUGUCCAUUCGUCGAGGCCUCCGCCAAAAAUCGUACGAACGUCAACGAGAUGUUUGCCGAAAUUGUGCGCGAAAUGAACUUCAGUCCUGAGAAAGAGAAGAAAAGCUAUUGCUGCUGCAGCGUCCUUUAAUACUUAAUCAAACGUUUACUUUUUAUCGGCAAUUCGUUUAUUCGUAUAAUUAUAGGAUAGCUACGUUAAUACUGGCUAAUUGGCACGAACUAUCUAUCGAAUCUUUAUCCUUUCUUCAUUUUCUUCUUAUUUCUCAUUACUUAUUUCUUCUUUCUUCUUUCUUCUUUCACCGAUUUCUUUCUUCUUUUGGAUCGUACCGUAAGAAUUUUGGAAAACUCAACUUUAAGAGUUUGAAUAUUUUUUUUCCAAUUGGAAUUUCUUUUCCUUUCUUUUCUUUCCUUUUCUUACCCCCCCCCCUUCCCCCCUGUUCUCCCUCCUCUCUUUCGUAAUCUGAUUUUUCUUUCUCUUAGAGCUCAGCCAAGCCAUGCGACGAAUUCGCCAACCUUCGAGACUAAUUUGUGAUUGUACUGAGAAUUUUUGAAAGCCAACAUUAAGGACUAUAUAUGCUAGUUCGGUUCUUUUUCUAUUGGAGGAACAAGGUCAGCUACUUUUGGCGACCAUCAAACGGAUAUUUUAAUAUACAUGGAUAGUAUUAUAUGUAAUAUUAUUGUAAUAUAUAAUGGUACAUGUAAGGAAGCAUAGAAAAGGAGGUGAAUUUUUUUUGGUAACGGACCAAUAUUCCAAAGUGACGAACAUGGAUAAAGCCAAGAGCAACAUUUGAACUGGUCUGCGUUUGUUAAACCAAACUCGAUUUUAUUAUUAACUGUCUUAGAACAUUAACAUUGUUCGUUGUAUGCUGGUCUAUCUUGAUUCAUUUGGAAUUAGAGUACGUAAGAGUAGCUUGUUUUAUUAUUAUAUAUAUAUUUUUUUUUUUUUUUUUUUUUUUUUUUUUUAUAUGUCACUGUGAUGGUCGGCUGUCCUUAUGACGACGGUCGUGCUUUUUCUCUUGUGAAGUAAAUUUAGAGUGACCUUCGUAAGAUACAUUAAAUAGAUAAGAAGUUUUAACAAUUUAUAAGUUUUUAUAAGAGUCAUCGAAGAAAAAGAAAUCUGUAGAUGUUAUAAACGACUUUGGUUUGUACGCAGGACCAAGAUGUUGAUCUUGGACAAGUUUUGUGCAAUGAUUUGCGUCAAUAGUAUGUUACCUAUGCUUAAGUGUCGGAGGCCUCUUUAAAGGAUACGUCGUAUAAAAGAAAUUAUAUACGACUUACUUUAAUGGCUUUCGUAUUAGUUGUACAGUACACUAGUUCUAAAGAAAUAUUUUAUAGAAAUGAAGCAAAUAAGAAGAACAUCGUAAAUGGAUAUUGAAAAAUUGCGUUUGAGGUUUCAAUGUUUUUGCUAAAUAUCCAUGCAAUUAUCAAAUGCGAUCUUUCUUCUACGAUAUUCUUCUAUUUUUACUUUCUACUCAUACUUUAUAUAAUUAUGUUGAGAUCUUUCUUGCAUAUCGCUUGCAAUAAAAUGAAAAAUCGUUGGUGGCUUGAGUAAAACGUGAUGGCGACAAAACUGCGAUAUAAUUAAUCUUUUUCAAAUUAAAUUUUGCCAUUUUUAAUUUUUAUAUAUCAUUCUAAUCCAAGAAAAUAUGAUCUUAUGUUUAUAUCAUUUUAUAUGUAACUGUGAAUUUGGAAAGGGGGAAAAAAGAAAAACAAAAAAAACAAAGGAUAUAAAUCCAUGAUAAACUUUAUGCCAAAGGUUGCAGAGGCACAUUGAUCCCAACGAUUAUAUCCAAUAUGUGGUACUUGUAACGAUGUCCAAAGUGUCCAUUGCUUUAUACAAACGCAGUAUCUCCUGGCGCAGUUCUACAUUGUCAAAUGAGUCAAAGGAAAUAUAUAGAGAGAAGAGAGAGAGAGAGAGAUAUCGAUGAGUGUAAAGAAGAAAAAGAGCAGUUCUCCCUGUACGUAGCAGUAGAUCGUGUGUAAUUUUCUCGUGUGAUCAAAAUCAUAUAAUACGAUGUUAAAUAUCGCUUUAAUACCAUUACAGUCAUUACAUAAACUCGAUCUAUUAUUAUUAUUAAUUAAUUAAUUAAUUAGUUAUAUCAUUGUUAUUAUUAUUAUUAUUAUUAUUAUUAUUAUUAUUAUUAUUAUUAUUAUUAUUAUUAUUAUUAUUAUUGUUAUUAUUAAUAUUAUUUAAAAUACGUUCUCUCAUAAAGAAAAAGCCAUUAAUAAUUCCUGAAUAAUCAUCAAUUAUAAUGUCUUUCUUUUUAAUCUUAAUCAAAUAAUUUGAAGUUAUCAUUAAAAAAACAAAAAAAAAAAGAACAAAAAAAAAA